AUGGAAGAAGCAAUCAAAACACACUUUUUCCACCACGGCAAAGGGUUGCGCUCGUUUCCCACUCACCAGACCGCUCCCAUCACCGUGGUCAACGAGGUGGACAGCGAGAUCUUGCCGCAAGGCUUCCGCUUCAUCGACGACAAUGUCCUGGGCGGAGGCGUGGAGCCUGCCGAGGAGUGCUUCCGUAGCGGCUACCUCGAGGAGGAGGACAAGGACGAAAGUGUCAACGACGCUGUCAACGACUCUGGCGUAGACGACUCCGUGCCACCCCAGAAAUCCUACGCCUACCAUACACACGGCGCCAAGGCUGGCUUGCUGCGAUCCAAGCUGCACCCAUCCAAACUGCCUCUCUACGAGUGCCACCAGGGCUGCUCAUGCUCAGCCGACUGCCCCAAUCGAGUUGUUGAGCGAGGCCGGACCAUCCCGCUCCAGAUUUUUCGGACCGAGGACCGAGGCUGGGGUGUGCGCACGCAGGAGUCUAUCAAGAAGGGACAGUUUGUCGACCGCUACUUGGGCGAGAUCAUCACGUCCGCCGAGGCCGACCGGCGCAGAGCUGCCGCCGCCGUCUCGCAGCGCAAAGACGUCUACCUCUUUGCCCUCGACAAGUUUACUGAUCCGGCAUCCCUUGACCCGCGGCUCCGGGGCCCGCCCCUGGAAGUGGACGGCGAGUUCAUGUCUGGCCCCACGCGCUUCAUCAACCAUUCUUGCGAUCCAAAACUCCGGAUUUUUGCUCGCGUCGGUGAUCAUGCCGACAAGCACCUGCACGACCUGGCCCUCUUUGCCAUCAAGGAUAUCCAGAAAGGCGAGGAGCUGACGUUUGACUAUGUCGAUGGCGUUUCGUUGGAGGAAGAGGAGCGCGAGGGAAAUUUCGAGGACAUGACGAGAUGCCUCUGCGGCAGUUCCAAGUGUAGGAAGUUUUUGUGGUGA